UUUGUGGCCAUUGAGUAAAGGUAAGCCAAAUCCACAUAAUUUUGUUACACUUAUUUCCCAUACACUCCUUACAACUAACUACUACUAUAAAGCCUAUCUCUUCCCAUACUUUUUUUCAUCAACAAAUUUUUGAAAUUUUUAAGGCAAAUCAAGAAAGCUUUUUUCAUCAAUUUUAGUCAUCAAGAAUGGCUGCCUCAGUGUCAACCAUUGGAGCUGCCAGCAAAGCACCAUUGAGUUUGAACAACUCAGUUGCUGGAACUUCAGUUCCAAGCACAGCCUUCUUUGGAAAAUCCUUGAAGAAAGUGUAUGCAAAAGGUAUUUCCAGCCCCAAGGUUUCAAACAGGAACUUGAGGAUUGUAGCUCAAGAAAUAGACGAAUCGAAAGAGAUCAAAGAGGACAGAUGGAAGGGUCUUUAUGAUAACGCAUCCGAUGACCAACAGGACAUUGCAAGGGGUAAGGGUAUGGUUGACAGUCUUUUCCAGGCUCCUACCGGUACUGGUACUCACCACGCCAUUAUGAAUUCCUACGAAUACGUCAGCCAGGCUCUAAAAACAUACCAAAUGGACAACAAAUUGGACGGUUUCUACAUUGCCCCUGCUUUCAUGGACAAACUUGUUGUUCACAUCACCAAGAACUUCUUGUCAUUGCCCAACAUCAAGGUUCCACUCAUCUUGGGUGUAUGGGGAGGCAAAGGUCAAGGUAAAUCAUUCCAAUGUGAGCUUGUCUUCAGAAAGAUGGGAAUCAACCCCAUUAUGAUGAGUGCUGGAGAAUUGGAAAGUGGAAAUGCAGGAGAGCCAGCAAAAUUGAUUAGGCAAAGGUACAGAGAGGCAGCUGAAAUCAUCAGGAAAGGAAACAUGUGUUGUCUCUUCAUCAACGAUCUCGAUGCAGGAGCUGGUAGAAUGGGUGGAACUACCCAAUACACCGUCAACAACCAGAUGGUGAAUGCCACCCUCAUGAACAUUGCUGACAACCCAACAAAUGUCCAGCUCCCCGGUAUGUACAACAAGCAAGAGAACUGCAGGGUCCCCAUUAUUGUCACUGGUAACGACUUCUCCACAUUGUAUGCUCCUCUUAUCCGUGAUGGUCGUAUGGAGAAGUUCUACUGGGCACCAACUAGGGAGGAUAGAAUUGGUGUUUGCAAGGGUAUUUUCAGAACUGACAACGUGCCUGAUGAAGCUGUUGUAAAGAUUGUCGAUUCCUUCCCUGGACAAUCUAUUGAUUUCUUCGGUGCUCUGAGGGCACGAGUAUAUGACGAUGAAGUGAGGAAAUGGGUUUCAGGAACUGGAAUUGAACAAAUUGGUGAAAAACUUUUGAACUCUAGAGAUGGACCCCCAACUUUUGAGCAACCAAAAAUGACCCUUGAGAAGCUCCUUGAGUAUGGUAACAUGCUUGUUCAAGAGCAAGAGAAUGUCAAGAGAGUCCAGUUGGCUGAAACCUAUCUUAAAGAGGCAGCUCUCGGAGAUGCUAACGCCGAUGCCAUCAACACUGGAACUUUCUAAGAACCUUCACCAAUCUUAAAGUCUAAACAAGAGGGGAAAAAAACGCGACAUGUUAAUCGUCCUGUUGCUUGAAGUCUCUAAUGAUUCAACUUCCAGGAGUGAUGACGUAUUUUAUUUCUUCAACUUUUUUGAGGCAAUUUGUGAGGGUAGCUAUAGAAUGUGACUGAACUGUUUAAUAUUAUUAUGUAAAUCAGUUGUGUUCCACUGUUAAGGGAAUACAAACUCCAAAUAAUCUUUUGUUUUCAGUUUUUGUCAUUAUAUUCUUCUGUAAUCAACUUCUUGAUUUGGAAUUUCAAUAUAUUUGCUUUGUAAAUGA